GGAUUAAAUAGAAUAUACUGAGUCUUCAUUUAUUAAACUGAACCAAAUACAGAGAGAUGUCUGAGGAUUUGUUGAAACAGUUGGCCAGCUAUAAAGCCCAGUUACAACAAGUGGAAGCUGCUUUAUCAACCGACCCUGAGAAUGAAGACCUCCUCAAAUUACAGAAAGACUUAUCGGAAGUCAUAGAUCUGACUAAAGACCUCCUGACGUCUCAGCCCUCCGAAGGUCCUGCUAGUGCUAACAGCUCUGAUGCAGCCCCCCUGAAACACAGCUGGGGCGUUGGGGACAGGUGUAUGACAGUGUGGAGUCAGGAUGGACAGGUGUAUGAGGCUGAGAUUGAGGAGAUAGACAGUGAGAACGGCACUGCGGCCAUCACCUUCUCUGGCUACGGGAACGCUGAGGUGGUGCCUCUGCAGAACCUCAGACCCGCUGAGGAGGGCAAACACUCUGAGGAGGACGGGAAACCCAAGUCAAGGAAGGAACAGAUAGCAGAGCAGAGGGAGUACAAGAAGAAAAAGGCCCAGAAGAAGGUGCUGAGGAUGAAGGAGCUUGAACAGGAACGAGAAGACCAGAAAUCCAAGUGGCAAAGUUUUAACAACAAGGCCUACAACAAGAACAAGAAAGGACAGGUGAAACGAAGUAUAUUUGCAUCGCCGGAGAGCGUCAAUGGAAAAGUGGGAGUAGGAACAUGUGGUAUUGCUGACAAACCCAUGACCCAGUAUCACGACACAUCAAAAUAUAAUGUCAGGCAUCUCAUGCCCCAGUGACCUAACAUCUUGUUGUUAAAAUAUCCCAUUGUAUAGUAACAGGAUCAAUGCUCACCAUUGUAUUUAUAUGGUUUAGGUUACUCACUUAAAGGAGCGUCAAAACUAGUUGCUUGCUCAUCAUUGGUUGGCUCAUUGGAAUGUUGUUCUCCCCGGUAUGUCAUAUAGGAUGGAAUAAUUCUAAAUAUAAUUUACCCCCGUAAUAGAGUUACAGCACAAAUAAGUGCACCAAGUGUUAGAUUGUGGUGAAUUUUGUCUGGGUUGCUGUAUCUUUCAGAAUGCAACAAAGGCCAAAAUACAAUAUGUGCAUGUUUCAAUGUUAUGGAUUUAUUAUAGAUUUUUCAGGGUGAACUGGACUAUGAUGUCAUACAUUUUUACUGUUUAAUAAGCCCCCUUUUAAAGCAAGUGAUAAAACCUAAAUUUACAUUUUGGUUUUGUACAUUUUCACUUUUUGUUUAGAGGUAAGAUUUGUUCUCAUUUUGCCCUGACAUUGAGCCAUAGGUCUGAAGAAUUUUUCAUAUUGCUACUGAAUGUUGUUUAACACAAUUCCUUCAGGUGGCACUAAUGUCUUUUUUACCAUCUGUGUUCCAUAAUGUAUGUCAAUGACCUUAUGUCACUGCUGUUGAUAUACGCUUUUUUUUUUUUCCAAUAAAAGUUGAGUUGUG